GCCAGCUGUGCUGUUGAGCCUCCACUUUAGGGUGUAUUCUUACUCCUUUAUCUUGUUGCAAUGCCUGACCCAGCUAAGUCCGCUCCCGCCCCGAAGAAGGGCUCCAAGAAGGCGGUGACCAAGGCGCAGAAGAAGGACGGCAAGAAGCGUAAACGCAGCCGCAAGGAGAGCUACUCCGUAUACGUUUACAAGGUGCUGAAGCAGGUCCACCCCGACACCGGCAUCUCCUCCAAAGCCAUGGGGAUCAUGAAUUCCUUUGUCAACGAUAUCUUCGAGCGCAUCGCCGGCGAGGCUUCCCGCCUGGCUCAUUACAACAAGCGUUCGACCAUCACCUCCAGGGAGAUCCAGACGGCCGUGCGCCUGCUGCUGCCUGGGGAACUGGCCAAGCACGCCGUGUCCGAGGGCACUAAGGCCGUCACCAAGUACACCAGCUCCAAGUAAAUGGACGCAUGUUCAAACCCAAAGGCUCUUUUCAGAGCCACUUAAUGA